CAUAUCUCAUAGCUCUAUGAUCCUCGUGUACACAUCUCUUCCAUACACAACACAAAUUCAGUUUUUCGUUUGUCGUGAUUUGAGCCGAUGUUAGUGGAUUUGGAUCGAUAUCUCGCUACUAGCUAGUUCAAAUGCAUAGUGUUCUAGAGUCAUACUCAUUGAUAUAUACAUUAUCAUUUGAUCAAGUAGCUAUGAUCUAGGACAUACAUAGAUAUAGUUCGGAUCCAGUCCCAAUCAAGUAACUAAUACAUUUAUCGAUUAUACAAGAUGAGGAGUGAGAUCGGCCGGAGGACUAUGGUGGAGGAGGAGGAGGACAGAGAAGAUGAGAGGCGGAGGAAGGCGGAGGAUGGAGCGGUAAAGGAGUAUGGAGUCGGGGAUCAUGGAGAUCUCAGGAGGUUAGGAAAACGAUGGGGUGCAUUGGACUUGGGGCUCAAUGGAGACAAAGUCUCUAAUGGCAAAAAAGGCUUUUCUCAUGGUUUCAUUAUUCACCCUCGAAACAGGUGGUAUCGAGCUUGGGAGAAAUUCAUAUUGUUAUGGGCGAUGUACUCUUCUUUCUUCACACCAAUGGAAUUUGGGUUCUUCAGGGGAUUACCAAAUCACCUCUAUUUAUUAGACAUAAUCUGUCAAACGCUAUUCUUCAUCGACAUUGUCCUUCAAUUCUUUAUAGCUUACAGAGACAUCGACACCGAGAAGAUGAUCAUCAACCCAAACCUAAUUUCUCUUCGGUAUUUGCAAUCUCAUUUCAUCCUUGAUUUACUCGCCUGCAUUCCAUGGGAUAUUAUUUACAAGGCAUGUGGGAGAAAAGAAGAAGUGAGAUACCUUUUACUGAUUAGAUUGGUGCGAACACGGAAGGUUCUAGAGUUUUUCUCAAAAAUGGAGAAGGACAUACGUGUCAAGUAUUUGUUUUCAAGGAUUCUAAAGCUACUUGUUGUUGAACUCUAUUGCACACAUACAGCAGCUUGCAUAUUCUACUAUUUAGCUACAACUCUUCCAGCUAAUGAAGAAGAAUACACAUGGAUUGGAAGCUUAAAACUUGGUGAUUAUAGCUACUCAAACUUCAGAGACAUUGAUCUUUGGAAACGCUAUAUAACAUCCUUAUAUUUUGCAAUUAUUACCAUGGCAACAGUCGGUUAUGGUGACAUUCAUGCAGUGAACUUGAGAGAGAUGAUAUUUGUUAUGGUUUAUGUGUUAUUUGACAUGGUUCUUGGUGCUUAUUUGGUUGGGAACAUAACAGCUUUAGUUGUGAAAGGAUCAAAAAGAGAAAUAUACAGAGAAAGAAUCAAAAAUCUCCUUAAAUACAUGGAUAGAAACAGAUUAGGAAGAGAUAUACGUGAUGACAUCAAAUAUCACUUACAGUUACCAUAUGAUCGAACCCACACUGAUUCUGCUGAUCUUAAAGACCUUCCAACCUCAAUUCGUUCCAUGAUAACAGAGACUCUUUAUAAGCCACACAUUGAAAAAGUUCCUCUUUUCAAAGGAUGCUCUUUGGAAUUCAUCAAUCAGAUUGUGAGUAGAGUUCAUGAAGAGUUUUUUCCACCUGGGAAAAUAAUAAUGGAACAAGGGAGCGUUGUUGAUCAAAUUUAUUUCAUUUGUCAUGGAAAAUUGGAAGAAGUGGUUGUAUAUGAAGGUGGGCCCGAAGAAGAAAUAUCAAUUCUAAACCCUCAUGACUCAUUUGGAGAUGUUUCCAUUUUAUGCAACAUUCCUUUGCCAUAUACAAUUCGAGUUCAGGAAAGUUGUCUAGUUUUGAAACUUGAUCAUCAAUCUUUCUCCAAUAUUCUCAAGAUAUAUUUUCAUGACAAACAAAAGAUUCUCAACAAUCUACUAGAGGGUAAAGAAAGUGAUGUGCAUAUGAAGGAUAUGGUGAGAGAUAUCAAAACUCAUAUUGGAUUCCAAGAUGCUCAACUUUCACUUAGAGUAAAUAUUUCAGUUUACAAUGGAGAUUUAUUUGAGCUUAAAAGCUUAAUCCGAGCUGGAGCUGAUCCAAAUAAAAAACUCUUUGAUGGAAGAUCACCUUUGCAUCUUGCUGUAUCGAAAGGACAUGAAGAUAUUGUUGCUUUUCUUAUUCAUGAAGGUGUUGAUGUUGACAUUUCAGAUAAUUUUGGAAAUACGCCUUUGUUAGAAGCCAUUAAGAGGGGGUAUGAUAACAUUGCAUCCUUACUAAUUAAAGAAAGUAACUCAUUGAUGAUAAACUCAAAAGACUAUGACUUGAGGACCCCACUUCAUGUAGCCACUUCACAAGGAUCUUAUGUUGUAGCAAAAUUGCUACUUGAAUCUGGUGCUAGUGUUCUUUCAAAAGACAGAUGGGGUAACACUCCACUUGAUGAAGCAAGAUUAUCUGGAAAUAUGAUAUUGAUGAAAUUAUUAGAAGAAGCAAAAUCUUUUCAGAUGUUAGAAUUUCCUUCAUGUUCUCAAGAAACAAGAGAUAAAAUGUCACGAAAGAAAUGUACUGUAUACCCGUUUCAUCCAUGGGAAUUAAAAAAUGAAAGCAAGUAUGGAGUUGUGUUGUGGGUCCCGGACACCAUUGAUGAACUCAUGAAAACAUCAUUUGAUCAUUUGAAUUUGGAGUUUUCUACCAGUUUUUGUAUUGUAACGAAAGAUGUAGGUAAGAUCGUUGAUGUAAAUAUGAUUACAGAUGGACAGAAGCUAUAUUUAAUAACUAUGGAAGCAUGAGUUGGAGAAUUUGAUUAAACUGUUUAAUGUUGCGUUUUCAAUUCAAGAAAUAAAAGAAAAGAUUUAUUUAA